ACCUGACCUGGAAAGUGCUAACUCGGUUUUGCUCUCAGCAUUGAGCUAGAUGGAGAGAGUAAUCCUCAAGUUACCGAUUGAAUCGAUUGGUAAAAUUCAGGAAAUAGCCAACGUGGACUUUGCAAGUUACGCAUAUUAUCUAAAUGCAGGGACAGAUUUAUAUAUAUAAACGUGAAACAAGGUGUUUCCUUCCAUGAUCGAGUGGCGAAUCGAUUACUUUGUUUGUCAUCCCACCUCAUUACACGCAUUGGUUCCCAGCAGGCAGCUUUUACUGUCCGUAUGUUUCUGCUGAGAGACCUGCUCUCUAUCUGACUGGAGUAAACAGAGCGGACUGCAAGACUAGGAAAAGCCCAACUGCGGGAAUCCGCACUAAAGUUUAGGUGAAAUACAGAUGGCGGAGGUUGAAAACAAUCCUGAGAAAGAAAUGAUUACACAGUUCCACAAGAAUGCGGCUACAGGAAAUGCAGCAAAAUUAUCAACUAUGUUAAAUUAUUCAACCUCUCUCAUUAACAAAGUGGAUGAAAAAGGCUGGACUGCCUUGAUGUAUGCUAGCAGGAAUGGACAUUUUGAGGUUACUCAGCUGCUUCUUGAAAAAGGGUGUGAUACAUCUAUUUCAAAUAAUUCAGGACAAACGGCAGUGGAUAUUGCAGAAUUCUGGGGACACAAGCACAUUGCUGAUUUGUUGGCAAAUCCUAAAUCUGAUGUUAGAUCAAAGAUGUGGUGUGAUGGUCCAGAAGAAAAUGAGAAUUACUUUGGCAGAACUUUGCUCAAUAGUUUAAGUGUAAAAAGGACCAAUUCUAAUUGGAUAAAAAACAAGCAGAUACAACCAACCACUGUCUACAUUGUAUUUUCCAAUCUAAAUCCAUUAGUUAUUUCUGCAAAAUGUGAAGACUCUGGAAAGACUGGCAUCCACCUCUGCAGGUUGCAGUAUGAGGAUGUAGAGCAGCUCUUGCUCAAACCAGAAGUCACUUCUGUUUUCCUUGGAGCGGAGCUCCAGAGUGAAACUUGUGCUAAAUUUGCAUUAGGCAGUGCCUUAGCAGAAGAUGAUGGGCUUAUUGCUUGGUUUGCAGUAAAUGCAGAAUUUAUUGCUCCAGAAAAUUUUAGGGUUAAAUACCCAGAUUGUUGUUUUCUCCAGCCACUCAUUCCACAUCUAUUGAACUUCUGUAAGGAGGAAGCUGGUGUGGUGGCACAAGCCAGAUCUGUCCUUGCCUGGCAUAGUCGGUACAAGUUCUGUCCUACCUGUGGAGGUGGCACAGAAGUUCAAGAUAGUGGUUAUAAGAAGAUAUGUUUGCAGAAAAACUGCCCAAGCUUCCAGGGAAUCCAUAAUACUUGCUAUCCACGUGUAGAUCCAGUUGUAAUAAUGCUGGUCAUUCAUCCUGAUGGCAAUAAUUGUCUUCUUGGAAGACAGAAGCGUUUCCCUCCAGGAAUGUUUUCGUGUCUGGCAGGAUUUAUUGAACCAGGGGAGACAAUAGAAAAUGCUGUACGAAGGGAGGUUGCAGAAGAAACUGCUGUCAAGGUUGGGAAUGUUCAAUAUGUUUCCAGCCAGCCCUGGCCAAUGCCUUCAUCUCUCAUGAUUGGUUGCCAAGCUAUUGCUGUAACAACAGAAAUUAUUGUGGACAAAAACGAGAUUGUAGAUGCCCGUUGGUUCAGUCGGCAGCAGAUUACUGAAAUCCUGACGCAUGAGAAUCAUCCAAUUAGCAUUCCGCCGCAGCAAACUAUUGCACAUACACUAAUUAAAAAGUGGCUUGUAAAGAAUGCACACCUCUGAAUAUACCGCUGUGAUUACAUCAUCCUAUUGACCUGCAAUUAAAUCAGUUGAUCUGUCAAUCUUUGUGAGAAGACAGCAGUAAUCUCCCCAAAAAGAACAUCAAUGAAGUAAUUUUUCCACUCAUUACAAUACUGUUAAUUCCAAUGAACAUUUGUCAAUUGUUGUAGUCAACAGACAUUUUAUCAACUGGCCUCUGUGGGACCAAGAGUGGUCCAGUUGAUCAAAUAUUCUAGGAAAUCAAUAGGUAUGCUGACCAAGUGAAGCUUUGAGGCAUCAGCAUCCCUCACCAAAUCCAAAUAAAAACAUUGAUACAUUUCCUAAAGUGUAAAAACACACAGUAAGUAAUAUAAAGGUAACGCAGGGGUUAUACACAUCACUGUUCUACUUUACUUAGUGAUAUUUUAGAUAACUAAUUUUUCCUAGUUUAUUAAGAAUGCCAGUUGAAAUGGUGCUGGUUAAAACAAAGUUUGCUGUAUUUCAUUUACAAAUAAGCUAGUAACAUUAAUUUGAAGUGAUUUUUGAUUUGUUUAUUGAAUGAGGAUAUAUUUUCAAAAUAAUUCACAUUGAUUUACUACUUAUAACAAAUGAGGGUGAUUUCCCCUGUUCUCAAGUUAGAGCAACUUCGCAAUCCAGAAGUAUUUGACACUUUUCCCUGACAUCUGGAUGCAUUCCUUUAUGAUUGUCAGAUCCUUACAUUUAUUCCACUUUCAGAAUUGCUUUGCCUCAAAUACUAGAUUAAUAAAAAAACAAUUUAAAGCUGUUUGUCUCUUACAAGUUCGAAACAUAGGCAACCAGGCUUCAUCUUACCCCUGUGGAGAAAAGUACAAUAAGCAAUCUGUUUGCACCUAUGAAUCCCAUCAGGAGUCGUUUUCACAUGUUGCUCCAGGCGAAUAGAAGUUAAUUAACAUCAUAGGGAAAGGUGUCAGGAGAAGUGUCAAGAAAGACUGCCAAGUUGUUGUUCCUCAAGAUUCACCUGACAGCUGUAACGAACAUUACCUCGUACCUUAUAGGGUAUAUGCUGAUCCUUUGAAAUAAUCACAAAAACAAGUAUUGUCUUCAUAGUGCAUGGCUAGAAAUGGCACAUGGUUGAUACACCCCAAUCUUGUCCUGAGAUCUUGACCAUCAUAAAUGCCAAACUUCAGCCAAUUUAGUUUACUCCAUGUUACAUAAAGAAACAACUGAGGAAUGAGAUCGAGCAAAGGCUGUGUGCCAUAACAACAUAUUGACUUUAGUACGAAAGACCUGUCCUCCAGAAUUAGCUGUACCCUUAGCCAAGCUGUUCCAGUGCAGCUACAAUAGUGGCAGGUACCUGAUAAAAUGGAAAAUUGACCAGGAGUUCCCUUCUGGAAACCACAUGACAAAUCCAAUCUAAUCAAUUGCCACCUUCCCACUAAUCACAGUCGUCACUGAGUUAAUAGAGGGUGCCAUUAGUGCUGUUCGAUAACGUUAUUACUUUUCAAAUAGCCUGCUCCUCGAUACUAAACAAUGAAACUACGUUUUCAACGAAGUUCUGUCACACACCCAUUCAUAUUUUUCAUUGUUACUAUGUUCGUUAUACAAUUAUUGACUAUCCUACAAAAAAUGUCAUUAAUCUGUCUUUGAUCAAUGCCUCAGUGUUAAUUAGCAAUAUAUUUCUUAACAGCACAUUCAAAUUACAAUUCUUUACGAGAUUCUUUAAUAUUUUAAAACUCUUAUUCAAUGACCUAAAAUAACAUUUAAAACUCUGAUAAAACAUGAAAGAUAUAAAUUAUAACUGGUCAAAAUUGAUUUCUUCUUAGAAUGUUAUGUCCAUUGUCAUGGUCGAAAAGUGUGGCACUGGAAAAGCACACCAAGUCAGGUAGCACCCAAAGAGCAGGAAGAGUUGACAUUUCGGGCAUAUGCCUGACCUGCUGUGCUUUUCCAGUGCCACAGUUUUUGACUCUGAUCUCCAGCAUCUGCAUCCCUCACUGUCUCCCUGUGCAUUGUCAUGUAUCUAUGGUAAAAUGAAAAAUAAAUACAUGCAGAAUCAAGUGAUCUUGCUCCUUUCUCUGCAAUGAAAUGAAAUUGCUUGAGAUUCAAAGUAGCCAGAUUGGUCAGAACAUGAAAAGAUACUUUUGAAAUAUUCCUUUGAGAAGAGGUUAAAAAGUAACAGAACGAUAUUUGUGGAUCUAAUAGCUAUUAUCCUAUCAGUAUUUAGAGAAACUGUUGCACAUUUACCACAGGCUUAAUUGCUGCAGAGUGGGUCUGAGGGGAAACGACAAGGCCAAAAUUAAGCCCUAUCGGUUGUCAGGCGUCAUCUGUGAGAACAAUAAGAACACUAAAUCAGAAACAUUUAUUAACUCUUCAAAGCAGCUUUGGGUCAGUCCGUUUAGAAAAUAAAGAAACUACAGAGGGUAGAUAUCCCUCAAAGCAAAGGCAGAUUCUUACCUAGAAAGUACCAAAAGGCAGAGUGAUCUGGUCUUUAACUUGAAGAUUUGAAGAACCAAAUACUAUCUUAAAUAUAGCAGCUCUUCUAUAACUUUGGCAGGAGCAAAGCCAGAAAGAUAUUGUUGAACUUAUCACUGGAAACUUCCAACCUCUGUUUUCUAGCUGAUCUAAAAGAAUAUCAGACUACAAUGUUUUCAGCUUCUUUCCCACAACGCCAGAGUAUUAGGGAUUUUCUGGACUUUUCUAAAAGCAAAAGUGUGUGCUACCUCCUUUGUAUCUACCUUUACUCGCACACACAGGUGUGUGUAAGUAAAGGGAGUGCAUUCUGGAAAUCUUUGAUACAAGUAAAUGGAUGUUAUCACAAUUACAUUUGUGUGCUGAGUAAUAAAUAUUUAUCUUUUUGAACCUA